CAAAUACUUUCUUUCAAUUUCAAUUUCAAUUUCAAUUUCAAUUUCCAUUUCCAUUUCAAUGUUGUUGACUUGUUGUACUCAAUUCAUUCCAAACGCACGCAUUAUAGUUAAUUGCUUUCUUUACAUAAUAAUUUAUUGCAUCGAAGAAGAAUAAGAAGAAGAUGCACCACAACCAUAAUGUGUCUUCAUGGUUGUGGAUUGCUUUUCUAAUUGCGGUCUCAACCACCACAGUUCAUUGCAAAACUUCCUCCCAAGAUGUUUCAGCCCUUAAUGUCAUGUAUACCAGCUUGAAUUCUCCCUCCAAACUCUCUGGUUGGAAAUCAAGCGGUGGUGAUCCUUGUGGUGACUCAUGGGAAGGAAUCAAAUGUUCAUCCUCAUCUGUCACAGAAAUAAAAUUAUCUGACCUGGGACUUAGUGGAUCAGUGGGAUACCAAUUAGCAAGCUUAACAUCAGUUACUUACUUUGAUUUGAGCAACAACAACCUCAAGGGUGAUAUACCAUAUCAACUCCCUCCAAAUGCUCGUGACAUAGAUCUUUCUAAGAACCAAUUCAGUGGAAGUAUACCGUAUUCCAUUUCUCAGAUGAAAGAACUCAACUCUCUAAAUCUUGCACAUAAUCAGCUCAAUAACCAGCUGGGCGAUAUGUUUGGGAGCCUCACUAAACUCAAACAAUUGGAUGUUUCAUUCAAUUCAUUAUCAGGAAACCUGCCUCAGAGUUUAAAAUCACUCAGAAACCUCAAGAAGAUACAUCUGCAAAACAAUCAAUUCUCUGGUUCACUAAAUGUCCUUGCCAACCUUCCACUUGACGAUGUGAAUGUUGAGAACAACAAAUUGACUGGUUGGGUUCCCGAGGAGUUAAAGGAUAUAAGUAACUUGAAAACUGGAGGAAACUCUUGGUCAACUGGGCGAGCACCACCUCCUCCCCCCGGUACACCUCAUAUCAAGCAUUCCAAGAAAAAGGAUGGAGAAUCUGAAAAAUCUGGAAAAUCUGUUGUAAUUGGAGUGAUUAUAGCAGGCAUAGUUAUUGUUGUGCUGGCCAUAAUCAUAAUUGUUGUUUCUCUUUCUAAAAGAAGGUCAUCUGCACGUUCUUUACAUCUCAGUGAGGAAGAGAGGCGUAGCCAGCACAGAUCUUUUACGCCCCUUGCAUCUCAGGAGUUAUCUAAGGAUCCAUUUCCUUAUACCACCACAGAAAACAAAGAUGUUACAUUGGUGACAGGAUUUAAUUGUAACGAUUCCACUUCAGUUGACAUAAAGGCUUUACAAAAAAGUCCAUCGACUAGUGUUAGGUCAUCAGUUUCUGAUUGUGUGCAAUCCUUUAAUGACAAUGAGUUUGCAAAGCGUCUAAAUUCUAGAAGAAGCACAUCAUUACGUUGUAAUCCUUUUUCACUGGGAGAGUUGCAGAUUGGUACUGCUAACUUUGCUUCAGGCCGACUUCUUGGUGAAGGAUCCAUUGGACGUGUUUAUCGUGCCAAAUAUGCUGAUGGAAAGGUAUUGGCUGUUAAAAAAAUCAAUCCUUCACUUUUUGAUGACGGUCCUCCCGAGGAAUUCUCUAAGAUUGUAUCAAGCAUCUCCAAACUUCGUCAUCCAAAUAUUGCUGAGCUUGUAGGUCAUUGUUCAGAACAGGAGCACAUGUUAGUAUAUGAUUAUUUCAGAAAUGGUUCUCUCCACGACUUUUUACAUUUAUCGGAUGACUUCAGCAAACCACUAACUUGGAACACCAGAAUCAGAAUUGCAUUGGGAACUGCUCGGGCUGUUGAGUACCUACAUGAAAUUUGUUCUCCUCCAUUAGUUCACAAGAAUAUCAAAUCCGCCAAUAUUUUGCUUGACACAGAUUUGAAUCCCCGUCUCUCAGACUAUGGUUUGGCAUCCUUCCACCAGCGUACAAGCCAAAAUCUUGGGGCAGGAUACAAUGCACCAGAAUGCACAAAACCAUCAGCCUAUACUUUGAAGAGUGAUGUAUACAGUUUUGGUGUAGUAAUGCUGGAACUUUUGACAGGUCGAAAGCCUCUAGACAGUUCAAAGCCAAAAGCAGAACAAUGUCUUGUUCGUUGGGCUACCCCACAACUUCAUGACAUAAUUGCUGUGGAAAAAAUGGUGGACCCUGCCUUGCGAGGACUUUACCCUCCUAAAUCACUCUUUCGAUUUGCUGAUAUCAUCGCCCUUUGUGUUCAGUCUGAGCCCGAAUUUCGGCCACCUGCGUCAGAGGUGGUUCAGGCAUUGGUGCGAUUAGUUCAGUGUUCAAGUAUGAAAAUGAAAGAGGAUCUUGGUGCAUUUGGUCGGGGAGAUGAUUAUGAUGAUUGAGGCUCAUCAAUUAUAUAUAUACUGAGUGAAGUAAAGACACCUUUGGCACCCCCCAAGUUCUUAAAUGGGAAUAUUCAUCCAUACAUACUACUCUCUGUAGAAUUUUCAGUCAUUUUUUUCAACGUUUUCUAUUUUAUUCUUUCAAAGUAGUCUUAGGUUGUAUGAGAAAAGUAAGUUUGUGCAAAAUUAUUUAAGAUUUUUUUGGGACAGUUUUAGGAAGGUAAUUAUUGAGAAGUACGUGAAAACGGAAAACCAAAAUACUACUGUACAACAACCAGAAAGGGUCAAUUUUAUGGAAAUUAUUAGGUAAGCUUUGAUAAACUACAAGUUUUUAAUCACUGAAAUAUUCAAUAACUUUUAUUUAUUAA